AUGGACAAGAAAAGCAAGCUGACGGGCCGGCCAAGGGAUGGCCGGGUGAGUGACGCCUUGCUUCGCGUCACUUUGCUGGAACUGGCCGCUGCCGGAUAUCUCGGAACGACGGUGGCCGGUGUCGCCCGGCGGGCUGCAACGAGCAAACAGGCAAUCUACAGGCGUUAUCGGGACAAGAAUGCCCUUGUUGCCGCUGCGCUUGCCCACGGGUUUGAAGCAGUCAGGACUGAGCCGCCACUGCGCGGCAGUGUUGCGGAAGAUUUGAGGCGAUACCUGUCGGGGCUUGCAACGGCGUUCGCAGAGACACCGCUCGGCGCUGCCGUGCGCGCACUUGCCUCGUAUCGGCAGAAGCCGGAGUUUGCCGUUGUUUUUGAUGAAGCGGAAACAGGCCAGCGGCUGGCGUUACGACAGAUUCUGAUCGCGACACCGUUUGAAGCCGACAUGGAAACGCGGAUUGAUCUGCUUCUCGGGCAACUCUAUUUCAGUUUGGUGUUUCACGGAGAUAUUCUCAACGCGGACGAUAUCGAGACCUCUAUUCAUCUGGUCCUUGGUCUUGUCGCUCCUCGUGAUCCUGCACCUUUUUCCGGGCUUCCGGGGACCUGA